GUCGGCCAAGCGCCAAAUAAUCCCACGAAGAAUAAGGGGAGCGGCAGAAGGACUCACGGAGGAGUUGACGCUCUUGCUUAAAUCUUGCUGAAUUUCUACCGAAGGCGCUGAAUCCUCGACGCAGGACGUCCCCGGUCGCUACUUCGCUGGAUUAAAACAUCGUUAAUUACAUCUUCGUGGCCGGUUGAACUCGUCUUGCGCACAUUUGAAGCUUCGCGGCCUAGCUUAGCACAGCUUAGCUCGCUAACAAAGAGACGCGUUUGUGAUCAGCGCGAGCGUAAAAGUGCUUUUGUUUACCGUGUGAAAAUGUGUACAAGAAUGACAGUCGAGUACGAGGAGGAACUUUGGGAACCAGAAAACGAGAACGAGCGACAACGUCAACUGCUGGACGCUUUUUGCAAGAUGCAGCCGAGAGUUGUCUUACGCAGAGCAGACGUCAGUGGAGAUCUUUGUCCCAAGCCACAGGAGCCAGACUCUCCUCCCAUUAAAGAGGAAGAGGAGGACGAAGAUGUCACCCACAUUAAAGAGGAAGAGGAGGGAGAAGAGGUCCCCCACAUUAAAGAGGAAGAGGAGGAGGAGGAUAUCACCAAGUUGCCACUGAGUGGUGUGCCUUUAAAGAGUGAAGAUGAAGGUCAAAGUGAGGCGAGCAGAGGGGCGGAGCCUCUAAACUGCAGCAGCUCAAGUCAACACAUGACAACAGAAGGUGAUGGAGACCACUGUGAAGGAUCACAAGCAAACGGCCUCUUACCUCCACUAUCAGAUAGUGAUGACAUAACGUCACACUCUCCUCACCCUGAUGAUGAUGAUGAACAGUCAGAAGGUCAUAAGAGAGGGCACGCUGAUGACAAACGCUGGAAAUGUUCUCCAUGUGGGAAAACCUUUACUUCUAAGUGGAAUUUGAAACAACACAUGAGAACACACACUGGAGAGAAACCUUUUGCUUGCUCAGAUUGUGGUCAGAGAUUCUCUGAAAAAGGAAGUUUGACCAAACACACAAGAAAACACACUGGCGAGAAACCUUUUUGCUGCUCAGUUUGCAGUCAAAGAUUUUCUCAGAAGGGAGACCUAAAAAUACACACAAGAACCCACACUGGGGAGAAACCGUUUGCCUGCUCAGUUUGUGGUCAAAGAUUCUCUCGAAAGGGAAUCUUAAGAAGUCACUCAAGAAUCCACACUGGAGAGAAACCUUUUGUCUGCUCAGUUUGUGGUCAAAGAUUCUCUCGAAAAGGAAUCUUAAGAAGUCACUCAAGAACCCACACAGGAGACAAACCUUUUGCCUGCCCAAUUUGUGGCCAAAGGUUCUCUUUGAAGGGAUAUUUAAAAAGACACGCAAGAACACACACUGACAUCAAUGUAGACAAUCCAGAGCAACAGGAGCCAGAGCUCCCUCGCAUCAAAGAGGAGGAGGAGGAGGACGACAAAGAGCUCCCCCACAUUAAAAAGGAAGUGGAGGUGGAGGAGGAGCACCUCCAGAUCAAAGUGGAAGAGCCAUCAGAAGAGGAGGAGGAAAUCACCAAGUUGCCAUCAACUGGUAUCCCUUUGAAGAGUGAAGAUGAAGGUCCAAGUGAAGCGAGCAGAGGGGCAGAGCCUCCAAGCAGCAGCAGCAGCAGCAGCAACUCAAGUCAACACAUAACAACAGAAGGUGAUGGAGACCACUGUGGAGGAUCACAAACGGAUGGCCUCAUAGCUCCACUAUCCGAGAGUAACACUGAUGAUGAUGAUGAUGAUAAUGAACAACAGUCUGACAGUGCCUUUGAUGACAAACCCUGGAAAUGUUCACAGUGUAGGGAAACUUUUGCUUUUAAGAGCCGUUUGAAAAGUCAUAUGAUGAGCCACACUGGAGAGAAACCUUUUAUCUGCUCAGUUUGUGGUCAAAGAUUUACUCAAAUAAAUACUUUGACAGCACACACAAGAAUACACACUGGUGAAAAACCUUUUUCCUGCUCAGUUUGUGGGCAAAGAUUCUCCCAGAAGGGACCCUUAAUAUGUCACACAAGAACCCACACUGGUGAGAAACCGUUUGCCUGCUCAGUUUGCGGUAAAGCAUUCACUACAAAAUCAGAUUUAAAAAUACACACAAGAACACACACAGGUGAGAAACCUUUUGCCUGUUCGGCUUGUGGCCAAAGAUUCUCUCAGAAGGGAAACUUAAAAACACACGUUAGAACGCACACCGGCGAGAAAGCUGUUGCCUGCUCAGUUUGUGGUCAAAGAUUCUCUUAUAAAUACCAGUCCAAGAAUCACAAGUGUGCUGAUCAAUAUAGCCGUGAUAAAUAAAGGUUUAAAAGAAAGUGUCAAUGUUUUCACGCCAGGCUUUGACUCGAUCACGACUGGACUGUUGUGGUUCUCUCCGAAGACAUUUGGCCUCUCAUCUGAACAGGCUUCAUGUUCAUGCGCCAAGGCUAGACAGCUCUAAUUUCAGGUUACAGCUGUCCUCACUGGUCUUGGCGCACAUGCAAGGUCUUCUAAGACGACCAGCACAGUCCAGUCCAAUGAGAAAAUUGGGUAUCGACGUUCAAUUAUGAAAAUAAUGGCUGUGACACUGAUUUUGAACAGUCUUGUAUUCUCGCUCCCUUGUUGUAUUUUGCAUAUCUUCUUGUUCUGUUUAAAGCUUUUUAAAGCCUUGCUGUGGGCAAGAGUUAACAAUUAGCACUUGUGCUAAAACUUUUGUAGAAAUACAGCUGCUUUGUCCAAUGUUUAUGUCAUGUCCAUAAUAUCAAAUAAAUG